GAGCUCAUAAAUAAUUGGGCUUAACAAGUUCAUUUUCUUGGGGGUGUUUGGCCCGUCACUGCCUGAACGGUCCAUUUUAAGAACUGCUGAUCUAAUUCUUUUAUUCGUUUUCGUUCACUUCCGAAUUCCAAUAAUAGCCGUUGCCGGUAUUUGGCGGGAACUUAUAACAGUAUAUCCAAACCAAAGCACUAGAUUGACCCCAAAACAGAAGAAAAUGAAUGCUUCAAAAUCUCUCUCUCCCUUCAGGCUUUCCUCUCUCCUACGUCGCCAGAAGGACCCAAUUCUCGCUCUCCAACUCUUCCAAAACCCCAACUCUGAUUCAACUCCUCAACCCAAAAAGUCUUCCCGCUACUCUCUCCUUUCCUACGACCUCAUCAUCACCAAGCUCGGCCGCGCUAAAAUGUUCGACCAAAUGGACCAAAUCCUUCACCAAUUGAAGCAAGAAACCCGCUUUGCUCCCCCCGAAAUCAUCUUUUGCAAUGUCAUUUCGUUCUACGGUCGCGCUCAUCUCCCCGACCGUGCACUCCAAAUUUUCGAUGAAAUUCCCACAUUUCGUUGCCAUCGGACCGUGAAAUCAUUGAAUUCAUUGUUGAAUGCGCUUCUCAGGUGUGGCGAGUUUGAGAAAAUGUGGAAAUUCUUUGUGGGUAUUGAAAAAUACGCGACCCCGGAUGCAUGUACUUAUAAUAUACUGAUGAAAGCUUGUUGUUCGAAUGAGUACUUGGAUGAUGCGUGGAAGGUGCUCGAUGAAAUGUCUAGAAAGGGUAUUCCCCCGAAUUCGGUGACAAUGGCGAGUUUGAUUUAUUGCCUUUGUUCGAAUUUGAAGUUGAAAGAAGCUUUCACGUUGAAAGAGGAUAUGGCUAGGGUAUAUGGGGUGCCGCCUACUAUAUUCGUGUAUACCUCCUUGAUGAAAGGGCUUUGCAAGAUUGGUGAAAUGAGUUUGGCUUUUAGGCUUAAGGAGGAGAUGAUAAUGAGAAAAAUCAAACCAGAUGCAGCGGUUUAUUCGACUUUAAUCAGCGGGCUUUUCAAGCUUGGUAGGAAAGGGGAGGUUUUUGGGCUUCUUGAGGAAAUGAGCGAGUAUGGGUGCAAACUUAAUACUGUAACGUACAAUGCAAUGAUUAAUGGGUUUUGCAAGGAGAAGGAUUUUGAAGCAGCAUAUAAAGUUUUGGAUGAGAUGGUGGAGAAGGGGUGUGAGCCAGAUGUUAUUAGUUACAAUGUGAUUCUUGGUGGACUAUGUCAGGAAGGGAAAUGGAGUGAAGCAAAUGAUUUGUUCGAAGAUUUACCAAGACGUGGAUGCACUCCGGAUGUGGUUUCAUAUCGAAUAAUGUUUACUGGACUUUGUGAUUGCAGGCAGUUCAGAGAAGCAGCACUUAUUUUAGAUGAGCUGAUCUUCAAGGGUUAUGCACCCCAUCGUCUAAGUGCACAUAAACUUGUUGAGGGGUUGUGUCGGGAAGGUGAUAUGGAGUUGUUAAGGACAGUUUUAACUAGUCUGGGAAACGGAAAUGUUCUUCAUGUGGACACCUGGGCAAUGGUGAUUUCGAUAGUAUACAAGAAGGAGAAGCUUUCAAAUGUGUCUGAGCUUGUUGAUACUUUGCUAGUGCAGUAAAUUGUGGUUGUGCCCAUGUCAAUAAGAUAAAAUUGGGUUUUCUUGCAAAGGCAUGCUAUAUAAUUCUAUGCAUCUGCGUGGAUGACUUGCAAGUUCACUUUUCUUUGUGGUUUACUAUGGAAGAAAACCAAUAUGUUUGCCAUAAUUUAAAGCCACAACUUUCUAGUCUGCAGUCCUAUUGGGGCUGCUGAUUUUAGAGGGACAGAGAAGGUCGCCAAAGCUAAUGUGAUUCGUUUGUGGACUGCUGUCCUUUUAUAUUUUAGAAUUUAGGAAUGG